AGUAGUGUUUGAGACAUGAAACUGUUUGUAGCUUGUUUGGCUUUGGCCAUUGCUGCCGCCACGGCAGCACCCACCGACUCUGUAGUGCAUCCCAAGGAUCUGCCCAAACCCAACAAGAUCGAGGGUCGUAUUACCAACGGAAAUCCAGCAUAUGAGGGCCAAGCACCGUACACUGUUGGCUUGAGCAUUAACAUUCCAGGUGGUACCACCUGGUGCGGUGGCUCCAUCAUUGGACACACCUGGGUCCUGACUGCCGAGCACUGCACCAGCAAUGCUGAGGCCGUUGGCGUUCACUUCGGUGCCACAUGGCGCACCAACUCCAUAUUCACUCACUGGGUUGGCCGCAACGAUAUCAUCAAUCACCAUGCCGCCGAUAUUGCUUUGAUCCGUAUUCCUCAUGUGGACUUCUGGGAUUUGGUCAACAAAGUGGAGCUGCCCAGCUAUAACGAGCGCUACAACGAUUUCAAUGGAUGGUGGUCCUUUGCCUGCGGCUGGGGACGUACUUAUGAUAACAGCGGCUUGCCCGACUGGAUGCAGUGCGUCGAUCUGCAGGUGAUGCCCAACCACGAGUGCCAGCAGACUUAUGGCUCUAGCGUUGUGGGGGACAACAUUGUUUGCGUGCGUACUCCUGAAGGCAAAUCGACAUGCAGUGGAGAUUCUGGCGGUCCAUUGGUUAUUCACGAAGGCAAGAAACUUAUUGGUGUCACCAACUGGGUUUCUUCUGCCGGUUGCCAAUCUGGGCAUCCAUCUGGCUUCCAGCGUGUCACCUACCACUUGGACUGGAUUCGCGACAUUACGGGCAUUGCCUACUACUAAGCGAUCAGCUCUGAAUUUAAUUGAAAAUAUAAAGAAUUAUGAAAAAGCUA